AUGUCAGACAUUGAUAACACGACGAACAAUGGGGCCGCCAAGGGCUACGAACAUAAGGAGAAGGAUAGGGGAGAGGUUGUUGUGGGUGCACCCCCAGCUUAUGAUGCGGAAAAGGGUCAUGAUCACACCGUGGUUCUCGCCGAAGAUGAUGGUGCUGUGCAUAGAACUCUCCAACAACGGCAUUUGGCAAUGAUCGCUAUCGGAGGAGCUAUUGGAACUGGUCUCUUCAUCGGUUCCGGCGGUGCACUAGCGUCGGCGGGUAGUGUUGGAGUCUGGCUUGCAUACGCUCUGAUGGCCGGCAUGGUUUGGACGAUGAUGAUUGCUUUGGGCGAGAUGGCCACAACGUAUCCUGUCACUGGUAACUUUGUGACUUAUGCCGCAAGAUUCGUAGAUGAGAGUUUGGGAUUCGCCUUGGGUAUCAACUACUGGUAUUCUUAUGCCAUUACUUGUCCUACGGAAAUUGUGGCCGCUCAGAUUCUUAUCAGUUACUGGGACAAGCACACACCGGCUGCCGCGUACAUCACAGUCAUGUUGGUAUUAGUUUGGGCUCUCAACCUGUGGGGGACUCGAGCAUACGGUGAAGCGGAAUUCUGGUUUUCCUCCCUCAAGGUCCUGACAAUUGUUGGACUUAUCAUCUGUGGAAUUGUCAUCAUGGCCGGCGGCGGUCCUGAGGGUCACGCCCUCGGGUUUCAUUAUUGGAGGACGAUCCCUUUCCAACAGAUCUCUAUCGAGGGUGGUGACGCCGUUAUUGGUGGUAGUUGGGGAAGGUUCCUUGCUUUCUGGUCGGCAUUCGUUCAAGCUGCCUUUUCUUUUCUCGGGACUGAGAUUAUCGCAACGACCGUGGGUGAGGCGGCAAACGCACGAUCAUCUGUAAAGAAAGCCAUCAAGCGUGUCUACAUGCGACUUCUUUUCUUCUACGUGAUCGGUAUCCUUAUCAUGUCAAAUAUUGUCUCCCCCAACGACCCCGACCUUCUCAAUGGCUCAGGUACCGCGACCGCCUCCCCUUGGGUCAUUGCGAUCCAACAAGCCGGUAUCAAAACCCUUCCAUCCAUCGCCAAUGCUUGUUUCUUACUCUCCGCAUGGUCCGCAGGUAACGCCGACGUGUACGCAUCGUCCAGGACACUUUAUGGAAUGGCGAAAUUGGGGUUCAUGCCAAAGCUUUUCGCGCGCUGCACCAAGAAAGGUCUUCCGUGGGUUUCGGUGAUCACUACUUGUUGUCUUGGGGUCCUUGCCUAUAUGAACACAGGUGGAGAAGGAGCUGUUACUGCAUUCAACUGGCUCUACUCGAUCAGUUCAAUAACCGGUAUAAUUACGUGGUGGACAAUCCUCUUAAGCUAUAUUCGCUUCUAUCAUGGUAUGAAGAAACAGGGCUUGUCUCGAGAUGAUUUACCUUACAAAGCGCCCUGGCAACCAUGGUUGAGUUAUAUAGGUUUUGCCUUCUUCUCCGUCAUUAUCUUCUUCAACGGCUUCACCGUUUUCCUUCGAGGAAACUGGAAUACCAGUACCUUCUUUGCGGCUUAUAUCACAAUCCCAAUCUUCGUCAUCGCUUAUGUGGGUUGGAAAGUAGUUAAAAGGACACAUAUCAUCCCAUUGGCUGAGAUCGAUUUCUUGUCGGGCCGUCGUGAACUCGAUGAGAUGCAGGCGCGGGACCAAGUCAAAUACAAGCCGGAGAGCACUUGGCAGAAGAUUAUUGGUACAUUGUUCUGA